AUGCAAUCGCGCUCCACCGAACUCAGUCGUCCAUUUCUCGCUCUCGAGCUGAAAUGUCAACUGAAAGGAGUCACCGAACUCCGCCCCGACGACACUGAAACAUUCCAUUGGCAUCUGAAAUUGAAAUGCACGAAUUGUGGAGAGGCACCCGAUCAUUGGCAGUAUGUCGUGCUCAAUGAGAUGCUCGAUGUUCCCGGAAGUCGUGGCGAGGCGAAUCUGGUGGAAAAGUGCAAAUUGUGUGGAAGAGUCAAUACAUUGACAAUUCUCCCCGACCACUUCAAAAGCUACAAUGUCGACAAAAACGAGCAAUGGCAACAAAUCGCCGUCUUCGAUUGUCGCGGAAUCGAGCCAUUCGAUUUCAAUCCAAAUGGCGACUGGAUUGCGAAUAGUAUCGAGACUGGAAAACCGUUCCGCGAGAUUGAUUUGAGCGAGAAGGAAUGGGUCGACUUUGACGAUAAAGCGAUGGAAGCCGUCGAAAUCAGCGAUUUCGAUGCUCAAUUCACCACUGUCCGUGAUCCAAAGAAGAAAUAA